AGAGUUAAAUAAAUAAAAAAUUUUAACGCAAUAUGCUGAUUUGUUAACUCAAUAAAAUCUAACACAGAACUGAUUUCCUUAUUGGAUUUCACAUUCGUUUCUAUGAUCCUGAUUUCAAACUGUAAGAACAAAUAAGCUUUGACUCGUCUCUCACUGUCGUGCUCUUAUAAUCGUUGUUUAUAUUAAAAUAUAAAAGGCUUUUUCCAGUUAAAAACGUGCCUAUAAAUUAAAACCUUAAAAUUUACCAUUAUUAAGACGUUAGAAAUGGAUUCCAAUUUGCGUAAUCUCAAGGAUUUUCUCACAUUAUACAACAAAGUGACUGAAAUGUGCUUCAGCCGUUGCGUCGAUAACCUCAACCAGCGCAUCCUUGCCACCCAUGAGGACGUGUGCCUGGACAGGUGUGUCACAAAGUUCGCUCGCUUCAACCAGUACAUGAUGGCCUUUUACGUGGACGCUCAGACAACUAUAAAUGCCAAGCGCAUGGAAGAGAUGGAGGAGAAAUCCAGGAUAGCCGAACAGCAACAUAAGGAGCGCCAACGGGAGGAGCAGACUCUAAAAGAAUUGGCUCCAACAGUGGUGCUGACUCCCGUUCCGCACACAGCCGCCGGUAACCUGUCCAUUUAGCCAGGUUACCAGUGCUGCCAGGCCACGCCGCAUCUACUGCUAAACGGAGAGUUAGGCUUUAACAGCUGGAACAAUUCGAGGUUCUGAAUCAUACCGGAUAGACUAUGUAACUUUGUAAAACUAGCCUAACAUAAAUGUUGUUGAAUCGUA